GGGGACAACGGGACGCGCGGCCGGCCAGAGCGGCUUCCGGCUGGAGAGCAACAGAGUUUAGCCCUCCCAAAGAUAGAGCGGCGCAGGAAGUGGAUAAUAGAGUCGGCACCGGAUACAGGAUAGAGCGUACCAGAAGUAGAGCAUAGAGUAGGCCCUGUGCUGGGGUUAGAGCGGCGCCACGCGCUGGAAUAGUGCAGUGGAGACUGGAGACGGCACUGGGUGUCGGGAAAUCCUGUCUCCUGCUGCAGUUCACGGACAAGCGCUUCCAGCCCGUCCAUGACCUGACCAUCGGUGUGGAGUUCGGGGCUCGGAUGAUCAACAUUGAUAGCAAACAGAUCAAGCUGCAGAUCUGGGACACGGCCGGCCAGGAGUCUUUCCGUUCCAUCACCCGCUCCUACUACCGUGGUGCAGCCGGAGCGCUGCUGGUCUAUGACAUCACCAGGCGGGAGACCUUUAACCACCUGACCUCGUGGCUGGAGGACGCUCGGCAGCAUUCCAGCUCCAACAUGGUCAUCAUGCUUAUCGGCAACAAGAGUGACCUGGAGUCCCGGCGGGAUGUGCAGAAAGCAGAGGGAGAGGCCUUCGCACGGGAACACGGGCUGGUCUUCAUGGAGACCUCGGCCAAGACAUCCACCAACGUCGAGGAGGCCUUCAUUGACACAGCCAAGGAAAUCUACAGGAAGAUUCAGCAGGGGCUCUUUGACGUCAACAACGAGGCGAAUGGCAUCAAGAUCGGGCCCCAGCAGCCGUCAGGCACAGCUCCUGGCGCCGGCUCUCGUCACAGCCCCCAAGGCUCAGGAGACAGCUCGGGCUGCUGUUGAGCCCCUCGUUGUGCACUCUGGUGCAUGCCAGUGCCCCUGGAGUGGGGUGGGGGGGGUCACCCUCUGCUCCCCUGGGACUGAGACCAGCCCACCCCGGUCCCUGGCGGGGAAGGUGGCUCCCUUGCUGAGCUGUGGAGGUGGGAUGGGGCUCAUGACUCCUGUCCCAACCCCAUAGAGGGGAACAGGUGUCCCCUGACUCGUGCCUGGGGGGUGGUUAGAGACCCUGCCCGUGGUUCCACCCCCCCCAAACAUUCCUUCUUGUAAGCUGGGGUGGGGGGCAGAGGCAGAGCCGGGUCUGGAGUCUCCCCUCGUCAGUGCCUUCUCGCUUCAGCUGUAUUUCUUGCUGCCUGGGCCCCAGCGAGGCCCCACCCAACCCUUCCCUGAGGCUUGUGGGUCCUAACUGGGGACCCCCCCACACCCUGUUUGUGUGUUCCUGGCCAGGUGCCCAGCCCCCACCCCUCAGCCUGUAUUGGCUUUUAUUGUGUACUCGCUCUCUGUGGCUCCUCGUCUUAUUAAACGUGUGCAUGUCUGCAAUCCGCACUCCCUGCAUCUCUGCUUAUGGGGCAGGGCACCAUGGCUUGGUCCUUCCCCUCCCAGAGCCGGGGAGAGAACCCAGGCAUCCUGGCUCCCAGCCCCCCUGUUCUAACCCACUAGACCCCACUCUCCUCCCAGAGCUGGAGAUAGAACCCAGGAGUCCUGGCUCCCAGCACCCACUGCUGUAACCUCCUAGGCCGCACCACUGAUGGGAGAUUUAUUCUUUUGUCAGUGUGGGCAGGACUCAGUUUUUCUAAGCUUUCUGGGGGCUUCAGGCACUGAGUUCCCCAUUCACUGGGCACCCAGUUCCCUUAGAGAGCUCUGAACAUCUGGGCCUCAAUGUCUCCAGCCACAGGGGGAGCAUACUGACAACACAGAGGUACAGACACUGGUGAUUAGGCCAUAGACUGCGUUCAGUAACUGGUGCAUCUGGGGGAGCGUUUUACAGUCAGGACUGGGGUUUGCAAAGACCCCAACUCCCCUUGUCUCUCAGCUCAGGUCAGCAUGGCUCCCAGAGGGAACAGACAACCAUGUGCCCGGCCUCCAUUCCUGCCCCUUAGCUCUGGGGAAAGCUCCCUAAAGAUACCCCUUGGCCUCCUCUGAAUCCCGUGUGCGCUGCUGCAGGCAGCUGGAGGGCUGUGCUGGCCCGUGGCUACACACUGCAUACAUUCUACUAAGUCACCCCAUCUCACUUCACCCACCUGCAGAGUCUGGAAGGUCUUUUAGUCUUUACCUGCAUGGGAACGUUGCACUGGUUACACCAGGGAUCUCAAACUCAAAUCACCAUGAGGGCCACAUGAGGACUAGUACAUUGGCCCAAGGGCUGCAUCACUGACACCCCCGCACCCCCACUGCCCCCAGACCUGCUCCACUCCACCUCUUCCAUGAGACCCCGCCCCUGCCCUGCCUCUUCCCACCCCUUCCCUGCCCCCAUUCCAACCCCUUCCCCAAAAUCCCCACCCCAACUCCGCCCCUGCCCUGCCUCUUCUCUGCCUCCUCCCCUGAGCAGGAGGCUCCCUGUUCCUCCCCCCCUCCCUCCUGGCUGUUUGGCGGAGGGAAGCGCCUGGAGGUAGGCGGAGGCGCGGGAACGCGGCGCUCUCGGGGGGGAGCUUGCUGGCCGCAGCAAAUAACUUGGGGGGGGAAUGGGGGGGCAUGGGGAGCUUGGCAGGCCACAGCAACCCCUGGGUUACACGCUGAUUGGUUUGAACCUGCUGCUGGACCCCGUUGGACACUACAAUACCUGUUCCCAAUUGUAAACUAAACUGAAAUAGGUAGGGUGACCAGAUGUCCCGUCUUUAUAGGGACAGCCCCUUUUUUGGGGACUUUUUCUUAUAUAAGCGCCUAUUACCCCCCACCCCCUGUCCCGUUUUUUCACAGUUGCUAUCUGGUCACCCUAGAAAUAGGCCACUUCUAAACCCAAAUGGGAGACAGUGCCAUGGUUUGUUCUGGCUUGGAUGUCUGAGUUGGAAUUUGCAGGUUGGCUGCGUUAGACUGAUGCAAUUUCCCCAUGUAGAUGAUACCUAACGGGCUGUCUACUCAGGAAAGUUAAUCUGAAUUCACUUUUAAAGUAGAUUCCUUAAAGUGCAUUAAACCCCUGUGUGGAUGCUUUUAUUAUUUAGAAUUAAAGUGAGCUGAAUACAGUUUAGCUUAAUUCAUUUUGGCUGUAAAUUAAAAUCAACUGAAUUAGCGUCACCUUAAUUCUGAAUAAGAGCAUCCAUACAGGGAUUUAAUCUGGUUUAGUGGCUCCAUUUUAAAUUCACCCCUUAGAUCACAAGCUGCUUGAGGUGGGGAGGGUUGGGUAUUCUGUGUCUCCUGGACCAAGUGGGCCCCAACCUGCUGUGCUCUUUGUGUGCUACUGCUGUAUACGUGUUACUAGCAUAAAUAGCACUGGGGGGGGGGGGGUGUCAUUGGAUUUUGGACAAAAAUGUUUUGCUGAAAAAUAGGGUUCCAUCUCUAUAUACACGUAGAUUCCCCCUUCCCAUAAAUAUUUAACAAUUUAAAAUAUUUUGAAGGGGAAAAUAUUGCAAAUUUUUGGUUUGAAAUUGUGGGGAAAUGUCAACUUUCUCGCAUUUUUAUUUUCUUGCAUUUUCUAUGGGGGAAAAAGGAGUUUGAAAGGUUUUUAAAGUUGGAGAAUGUGGGAGGAAGAACCCCUCUGUUUCUCGUGUCUGCAUUUUCCCAGUGAGAAAAAACGUUUUAACCAAAAAAAAGUGAUCAUUGUUCUACCCUUUUUUUUUUUUUUCCCAGUGAGGUAAAAAAGGAGAGAAAGGGAAUUUAAAAAAAAAAAAAAAAAAAAAAAGUGAGAGAAGGAAAAAGCAAGAAAAUCCUUUUUUAAUUACAUAAAUGUUUGUUUACAAACACUUUGGAAAAAAACUUGUUUCAAAUUUUGAAACAAAAACAAUUUAAAAAGUUUAAAAUGUUGAAGAAACAAAAAUUGUUCAUUUUCUGUUGAAGCUUUUUGUAAAACAAACUUUCGACCCAUCUCUCAAGUGCAGGAGACAGUUUCGAGGCACAUGUUGGCUUUGUUAGGUACAGUCCCAGCUUGCAAGCCUAGGGACUUGCACGGUCUGUCUCUAGCUGUGUCUACACUACGCAGGCUAUGCCAGCAUGCGCUGCACCUCCAGAAGUUUUUCUGCCAGUGGAGGAACGUGACCUCGCCAAACAACGUGAGUUGUGCUGACAAGCCCUUUUCUGCCCGCACAGCUGGGGCUUUGUUGGCAUAGCUAUGUUGCUAGGUUGUGUGUUUUGUUCACACCCCUGGCUGACAUAUCCAUUAAGUGUAGACAAGGUCUUAGCAUCUCCUGGGACAGGACUGACGUGAGGGAGUCCAGCCCCACAGGGAAGCUAUCUGGGAGUUAUGAAUUCAGUCCAAAAUUUGGGCAUUUUAGGGUUUGUUUUGGGGGCAGUUUUUUAUUUUAUUUUUAAAAAGAAAAUGAGCAAUUUUAAUUUCAUUCAGACAUUUUGAUUAGUUUUUGUUUGGUUGUUUUUCUUCCUGUUUCAGGGGGGACGGGACUUUGAGGGGGAACACUAGUUUUUCUGGUUCCCCUUUUUUCACGGGUUAUGGGUUAUUUAAACUUUUGAAACUGUCAAAUGGUUUCAUUUCAGAAUAGCAGGAGUCGGGGGAAUUCCUUCUGUCCCUCACUUUUACAUCCCCUCCCUCUUUUCCUGGGGCAAGGAAAGGGGAGGGCUACUGGAGGAGGGAAGGAAUUCCCCCACUGUUUGUAAAAUAAAAUUUUUUACUUUGUUUAAAAAACAAUAAAUCUUUUUCUGUGGGAAGUGGCUUUGCGGAAACAUCCCUUUGGGAUUAAAAAGCUUUUUGGAGGGAAAUGUGUUGAGCUGCUCCAGGUCUCAGCAUCAAGCUGGAAGGGCUGAGAAUCCCAGCUGAGGGAUGCUUUCGCCAGACACCAGUCACUGGGCUUAGUACAGAAGUUAGACUAGGUGAGCCACUGUUCUCUGCUGGAAGGACCGGAGCGGUUUUGUGGGCAUUUCUCCCUGCACUUCUCAGACACCUUGGAGCUGCACUGGGUCAUCUGGGUGUGAGACGUGGCCCCGCGUAGGCUGGCUGGGUCGAGCCCCCGGGAAGCGCAGCAGUGACUAAUACAUGGGUCACAGAGGCUAAUGUUUCUGGGCAUCUCUCUGGGGAGAAUGAAUUUGACUGGUCACCCACGCAGCUGUCUGUCCUUCCCCCUGCAGUGUCUGUCCUCAUCUACCCACCUUGUCCUUUUACUGAUAACAUUACAUAUCUCUACCUGGUGUCUGUCUGUCCAUUUCUCCACGCUUUCUAGCCAUCCCCAUACAUACCUGCUUUUUUCUCUGCCUGUGUCCUCCCAUCCCUCCUCAGUCUGCCUAUCUGUCAGGACUCCUCUUGGUUUCUUUGUGACCCUGGAUGUCGAAUAAACCCUGCCCCUGCCUCAA